GAGAAAAAUGCAGACCAUUUCAGAGGAGUAGAGACUGAAAUUGGGGUCCCCCCAUGGAACCAUUUAGAGGGUGGAACUGAGGAGGAUUUCAUGCAUGAUAAGUAAGGAGACGAUGCAUCAUUGUGAAGCUGAUUGCCAGGCAGAUCUACAGGGAGACUGCAGCGUUUGUGCCCUCAGCUCCACAGCAGCCAAGUACAGACAUUCCAAGAUGUCGAACAGCAUCGCGCAGGCCCACAAGACGGUGGACCAGCUCCGCUUCGAGGCACAGAUCGAGCGCAUCCGGGUCUCCAAGGCCGCCGCCGACCUGCAGGCAUACUGCGAGCAGCACGCUCGCGACGACCCGCUUCUCGUCGGUGUCCCAGCCUCUGAAAACCCCUUCAAGGAGAAGAAGUCCUGCAUAGUACUCUGAGGGGAGGGACGGAACAGGCUCUGCAGAUGAGUGUGAUCAUAGUCAUGUGGUAAAAUACGCCAAAAACAGUUAGUCAAG